UUGUUCACUCAGGGUAUCCUACAGUCAACAUCUUCACUCCCAUCAUCACCUGAAGGGUCACGUUUUUCAAGUGCAGUUGGUGAACGACGUUCAUCUAAUAAGCCUAAAACGUAUACGUGCAAACAAUGUUCUCAUAUAAGUACAUCCAAAGAAGAGCAGUGGACGCAUUCUCGUAGUCAUAUACCUCGAGAGAAGCAACUCAAUUGUCAAAUGUGUGGUUUUGUCACCGAAUAUAAACAUCAUCUGGAAUAUCACGUGCGGAAUCAUUCGGGCGCAAAACCUUUUCAAUGUUCGAAAUGUUCCUAUCAGUGUGUGAAUAAAUCGAUGUUGAACUCGCAUAUGAAAUCACAUACGAAUGUUUAUCAGUAUCGUUGCCGAGAUUGUGCAUAUGCUACAAAAUAUUGUCACAGCCUUAAGCUGCAUCUCAAGAAGUAUAAUCAUACUCGUAAAGAAAUCACCGUUGAAGACCGACAACAAAACGGUCGGUUUUUUAAAAGAUUCUAUUAA